AUGUGCUUCCGCGCUUAUGUGGAAGCACUUCGGCAGGAUGACGACCUGGUUGAAAUCAAUGAUGAGAUUGAUCCCUACCUCGAAGCUGGCGCAAUUAUCCGCAAGGUAUGCGAGACGGACAAUAAGGCCCCCCUGUUCAACAAGCUCAAGGGGGCCGAGAAAGGUCUCUUCCGGAUCCUAGGAGCUCCUAACUCAUUGCGAGCGGACCCCAAAACUCGCUAUGGCCGUCUCGCUCGUCAUUUGGCAUUGCCCCCCACCGCGAGUCUGAAGCAGAUUCUAGACUUGAUGGAUUCGGGAGCCCAUAAGAAACCCAUCCCGCCCAAUAUCAUCACCGACCCCCAGGAGGCGCUUUGCCAGACUAAUAUUCUGCACGAGGGAGAAUUUGACCUAACCAAGCUUCCUGUCCCAUUUCUGCACCAGGCUGAUGGCGGGAAUUAUAUCCAGACCUAUGGGAUGCAUGUGAUCACAUCCCCCGACGGGUCCUGGACUAACUGGUCGAUUGCUCGCGCGAUGGUUCAUGAUAAGAAUCAUCUGACAGGACUGGUGAUCGAACCCCAGCAUAUCUGGCAGAUGCAGCAGAAGUGGAAGGCCGUGGGAAAGGAUGUCCCCUGGUCUCUUUGUCUGGGCGCUCCUCCCGCCGCCAUCAUGGCGGCCAGUAUGCCCAUCCCGGAUGGGGUGACCGAGGCUGGGUACAUUGGAGCGUUCACUGGGAAUGCAAUUGAUGUGGUGAAAUGUAUAUCGAAUGAUCUCUAUGUGCCCGCCAAUGCAGAGAUCAUCCUGGAAGGCACGAUGUCCAUUACUGAAACGGGUCCGGAAGGGCCAUUCGGUGAGAUGCAUGGCUAUGUCUACCCCGGCGACACUCAACCCUGGCCCGUGUACACGGUCAACAAGAUCACCUAUCGCGAUGAUGCCAUCCUCCCUGUGUCAAACUGCGGUCGUCUGACCGAUGAAACACAAACCAUGAUCGGCCCUCUCGCCGCCGCACAGAUCCACCAAAUCUGCAAAGAUGCCGGUCUCCCCGUCAAGGAAGCGAUGUCUCCGUUCGAAUCCCAAGUGACAUGGGUCGUUCUCCAAAUCGACACGAUCGCGCUCGCCAAACUAAAGACCAACUCGGCCGACUUCAGCAAGAAAAUUGGGGAUUUGAUCUUCAAGCAGAAGGCCGGGUUCACCAUCCACCGUCUGGUCCUGGUGGGUGACGACAUUGACAUAUACGAUUGGAAAGAUGUCAUCUGGGCCUUCUGCACGCGCGUCCGCCCCGGGAUGGACGAAUAUCUCUACGAGGAUGUUCCAGGGUUUCCCCUGAUCCCUUAUAUGUCUCAUGGAAACGGUCCCCCGAAUAAGGGUGGCAAGAUCGUGUCCGAUGCGUUGAUGCCUGAAGAGUAUAAGACCGGGAUUCCUGGAUGGCAGGCUGCGGAUUUCAAGAACUCGUACCCGCAAGCGAUUCAGGAUAAGGUCAAUGCGAACUGGACUCAGUAUGGGUUCCGGCCUGAUCCUAAUUAG